AUGUCGUCAGGACGAUCUCAUCAGGAGUCUGUUGAAGAAGCCGUCUUCAAAUACGUCGGCGUGGACCUGCAGGGCGGGAAACACAACGAUGAAGGCGACACUGCGAACGAAAAUCUUCAUAGAAACCUCACGUCGGCUACGCACCAAGCAGACCAUCGUUCAGACCAACACCACAAGCCUAGCCGUCCUCAUAUUACCGAGCAAGCUAUGAUUAACACGUCUCCUGGCACUAUGAAGAAAUAUCACCAUCAACGGCUGGACCAAAUGUUAGUCCGCGACGCUCAAAAUGCCAAGACCGCCGCAGCCGCUGUCAGUGCAAUGCUGGCGACAAACGGGUCUCAUAACGAAAGCAGUGGGUCCACGGGCUCUGGUGGGUCUCCUGGCGUGAUGCCAGCUGGAUCAUCCACGGCUGCAGACGUCGAAUGGUUUCUGCGACAUGAAUUGGACCCUGAAUCGUCCGCGGCAAAUGAACUAGACGUGCGCGGGGCACGUGAGCCGCAAUCCGUGGCAGCAGCAGCUGUAGCAGCUGCCUUCGGCUCGUCUCAGGGCAGCAGCAGCAACAGCAACGUCAAUAUGCUUGACCGCAAGAGAUCUCGUGUGUCAGAGUCCAACAGAGUAAAUUCGGUAAAUCCGCUCACGGGACGUCCGUCAAACAGCAAGAGACUCAAAAGCUCUUUAGAGUCGCGCAACUCCGCUCGCGGCAGCCACGGUCAGGCUUCUAAAAUUCCUCAUCUUGGUGCGGUAGAUCCAGAACUAGCGUCUCUUGACGACCCGGAAGAUGUCACAGAGCAUGAACAAUUGGUUCGGAAAGCUAUUCUAGACGCUGACUCCAUUGCCCACCACCCAGACUUCCAGCACUAUCUGAACACGGAAGAUGAGCCUGAAGAGAAAACACGCCUAUCGGGUGACUUGCACCAAGGAGACUCGCACAAUUUCGGCAGGAAAGUGGAGGUGCUACCGAAGGUUUCUGGAGGCGAUAUUGGAAUAGGGUCUCACACGGGCUCUCACAAUGGAUCGGAUUCCAUUUCGGGAUCUAGGUCUGAAUCUGGUGCGAAUGCUGUCCAUGGAGGCAUUUUAGGUGCCAGUGGACACUCGAUGUCAAGAACUUCUUCUGGUGCCGGUGUUGCGAACGAUCACGACAUAUCACAUUUGAUUCAAGACGCUGCCACGAAGGCCUCGAAUUUUAUAAGCCCUCAAAGCCAGUCUACUGGAAAAUCUUUUGACGCUGCAGAGGAGCAGGCACUGGAACAUUUCAUCGGAGAAUACCAAGCAAUCAAGAGUUUAUCGCGUCGCCAGAUUUGCGAGCGUAUCUGGUCCAAUGAACGGCGGAAGGACGAUUUCUGGACAAAUAUCUGCAAAGUGCUUCCUUACAGGACCAGAUCUUCCAUCUACAAGCACGUCCGUCGUAAAUAUCAUAUUUUCGAGCAACGUGGUAAAUGGACACCGGAAGAGGAGCAAGAAUUGGCCACCUUGUGUCUUGAAAAGGAGGGGCAGUGGUCUGAAAUCGGUAAAUUAUUGGGCAGAAUGCCUGAGGAUUGCCGAGAUCGCUGGAGAAACUAUGUGAAAUGUGGUAACAACAGAGCCUCUAACAAAUGGUCCCCACAGGAGGAGGAACAACUAAAGGAGGUUAUUGCGGAGCUUCUUGACUCCGCCGGAUCGCCAGAGGAUCACCUGUACGAUCCCAUGGACGAGUCGCAGAUGGAGGGUAAAGAAAAGAGACCUGCCAAGAAGAAGAAGGAUUCAAACGCUCGAGACGCCAUUAAUUGGACUGUAGUGAGUGAGCGUAUGGGAGGAGCUCGGUCGCGCAUUCAGUGUCGGUACAAGUGGAACAAGCUACUGAAAAAGCAAGCUAUGAACAAGAUCAAAAAUAUCAGUGAGGAAGACAAGAUGUGGAUUCUCGAAAAGCUUAGAGACAUGGGAUUUACCGAAGACCUUCAGGUAGACUGGGACGAGCUUGCUACUUUGAUGCCCGGAAGGCUCUGGUCCGGUACCGAGUUGAAACUUUGCUAUGAAAAGUUAAGAACAGGUGUGAGGUAUCAUAAAGAUCGUACCAUCAACCAGAUUUGUAAAGAAUUGAUCGGAAUUCGCGAUGAAGGUCUGCCACUGGAAACUGGCAAUCUUCUAGGGUCAAAGCGUUAG